AUGCGGCUGAAGUGCACGGAGCAGGGGGGGCCGUUUAGAAUCACGGUCUGGGAGGAGGAGAACUUCCAGGGCAAACGCUGCGAGUUCAUGCAGGAGUGCAGGAACAUCUUGGAGAGGGGCUUCCGCAAGAUCCGCUCUAUCAAAGUGGAGAAUGGGGCAUUUGUAGGGUUUGAGCACCCUGAGCUCCAGGGCCAGCAGUUCAUCCUGGAGAAAGGGGACUACCCUCACUGGGAAGCAUGGAGUGGAAACAUUGGCUACAGAACGGAACACCUGCUCUCUUUUAGACCAAUCAGAUGUGCUAACCACAGUGACAGCAAGGUGACCCUCCAUGAGUGCAAAGAUCUCCAGGGACACAAAUUUGAGGUCUGUGAUGACUACCCCUCACUGCAAGCCAUGGGCUGGUGUAGCAAGGAGGUACCCUCCAUCAAAGUCAAUUCUGGAGCCUGGGUGGCUUACCAGUAUCCUGGUUACCGUGGAUACCAGUACAUCCUUGAGAGGGACCGGCGUGAAGGAGAAUACAGAAACUUCAAUGAAUACGGCACCCAGUCACACACACAUCAGAUCCAGUCCAUUCGCAGGAUCCAGCAUUAA